AUGGGAGUACUCAGUUACUUCCUUGGACUUGAAGCGUCAUCCUGCUCUGAUGGGUAUUACUUGUCUCAAGCAAAAUAUGCUUAUGAUCUAUUGGCUCGGUCAAGUAUUACUGAUUUAGCCACAUCACCAACACUAUUGGAUCUGAAUAUUCGCUUGACUCCGUUCGAUGGUAUUCCUCUCAAAGAUGGCACUCUGUAUCGACAAUUGGUUGGAAGUUUUAUUUACCUCAAUGUGACCUAUCCUGAUUUUGCAUGUGUUGUUCAUAUUGUUAGUCAAUUCAUGGUUGCUCCUCGGUCUAUAUAUUUUACAGUUGUUCUUUGCAUUCUACGAUAUAUCAAGGGCACUAUUGGUCAUGGACUUCAGUUUUCUUCUCAGUCAUCCUUAGUGUUAUCUAGCUACUCGGAUGCUAACUGGACUGGUGAUCCCACUAAUCGGCGUUCUUCCACAAGUUAUUGCUUCUACUUGGGGGAUUCUCUUGUUUCUUGGCGAAAUAAGAAGCAAACUGUUGUUUCACAUUCCAAUACUGAAUUUGAAUAUCGUGCUCUUGCUGAUGCUACUUCUUUGUUACUAUGA